AUGCGACGUCUCUUCUGCACACAAACCAUCCAGACGGCGAUUCAAAACUCUCUGCCCGACUUUCAAAAGAUUGUCGGAAGCGGAGCGGUCCGCACACAGGAAUCGGUUCGACGGCAGUUUGCGAGAGAUGAAAGCCAUUUUAUGUGAGUUUUCCCCUCCUUUCCCAUUCAAUUUCCACGUUGCAGUGCGCCACCGCCCGCCGUGGUCCUCGAGCCGACGACUGUGGAGCAAGUGUCCCAACUGUUGAAGUUGUGCAACGAUCGUGGCAUUCCGGUGGUCCCCUUCGGCACGGGAACCGGUCUUGAAGGCGGCUCGACGUCCACGCUGGCCGGUGUCUGCCUGAGCACGCAGCAGAUAGUCGGAGAGCCCGUGCUCCGCGAGCAGGACUUUGUAUGCUCCGUGAGGCCCUCCACGACGCGCGUGGCACUCAAUGAAGCCAUCAAACACUCGGGACUGUUCUUUCCUGUUGAUCCGGGCGCGGACGCUUCAGUAUGCGGAAUGGUGGCCACGAGUGCGAGCGGAACGAAUGCGAUCCGAUAUGGAACGAUGAAGGAGAACGCGGUGAACUUGGAAGUGGUCCUGGCCGACGGAACAAUUCUGGACACGAAGGGAAAGGGGAGAUGUCCGAGAAAGUCCUCCGCCGGCUUCAAUUUCACCGAACUGUUCGUCGGCUCCGAAGGCACACUCGGAGUGAUCACCCAGGCGACCGUCCGGGUCCACCCCCGCCCGCAGUUCCUCUCCGCCGCCGUCUGCGCCUUCCCGUCCGUCCAUCAGGCGGCUUCCGCCGUCGUCGAAGUUCUUCAGUGGAGCAUCCCGGUGGCUCGCAUCGAGCUCCUCGACCACGUUCAAAUCCAGGCAUGCAACGCCUACAGUAACCUUUCGCUUCGAGAGACGCCCACGCUCUUCAUCGAAUUCCACGGAAGUUCGGAGAAGGAGGUGGCCGAUCAGACAACUGCCGUUGAGGGUAUUUGCAAGAACAACGAGGCGUUAGUCUUUGAUUCUGGAGCAUCGCCGGAGAAGAUGGCGGCUCUUUGGACAGCUCGGCAUAAUGCUUACUAUGCGGCUCUCGCAAUGCGUCCCGGAACAAGAGUAAGUUUCGGUGAAUGAAGGUGAAAAGAAAAGAAACAUUGAAGGGCUUCACCACGGACGUCUGCGUUCCGAUCUCCAAACUGGCGGACGUGAUCUCGGAGACCAGAGUGGAUUUGGACGAGCAUCAGAUCCUCGGAACGGUCGUCGGACACGUCGGCGACGGAAACUUCCACGUCAUUCUGCCGACGAUCGAGGAGGACAAGACGGAGCACCGGAAGAUCCAGGCAUUCUCGGAUCGGCUCGUGAAAAGAGCGCUGGCGGCCGAUGGCACGUGCACCGGAGAGCACGGAAUCGGGCUCGGCAAGAAGCGAUACUUGCGGGCUGAGCUCGGCGACGCCACGGUUCGGCUGAUGCACACUGUGAAGAACGCGUUGGACCCGAAGAACAUUCUGAACCCGGGAAAAGUUCUUCCAGAACUAUAG